GGCCAGGUACGCUCGUCAGUCGUCGGCCGAACUUGAAACGCGCGGCUUCGCGUUCCAUUCGUACAUCUGUGCCUCCAAUUACGAUUCGUCGCGCCAAAACAACGACGCGAAUCAACCAAACCAACCCCGUUUCCUCUCCCGAUUUUUAUACAUCGCGACUCGAUUCGUAUCAUCGAUCGAUCACACGUCCUUUCAUCGUCCAGAAAUUUCUGUAACCGGAUUCUUUUGAUCCCGUUUCCUCCCUCGUAUUCGCCGCCAAUUCUCCGACCAGUUACACGACGGCUAAAGUGCUCCUAAAGUAUAUCUACCGUACGUACAAAGCCCCUGCACACCUGCAACCCGCGUAAACUGUACAACAACUGUGAUUACGUAUAGCUGUUGUGUGGAGGGUGGGACAACGUUUUUUAGCGGCGAUCGUUCUCGACACGGUCGAGAUCAAAUGGGGGGAAAAAGUUGGUAACCGUUGGCGAAACAACAAAGAAGACAAUGUAAAAAAAGUUUAACGCGGGAUUCGCGAGAGGAGGAGGAGGAGGAGGAGGGACGAUGCUUGUUGUUCGAGCCAUGGCUCGCGACUUCGUCGACCGAUAAGCGGCGAGCUCGUGGAUAAAUGCACGAUACACGGGAUCACCAUGGACGCGGUUCGAUUGUUCCUUGUGCUGCUGGCAUCGUCGCGCUACUUUCUACAUCCUAUCGAUGGUGCUGUUCGCAGCGAGAAGCCGGCCAACGAGGAGAAUAGAAAUAACGUCGUUCCUUCGGUAGCUGUAUCCGUCAAGGAUGUCCUGGCGCAGUCCGGCGGCAACGCUAUGCUGCCUUGUAGAUUCUCCGGCCCCGGAAUAGUGACAUGGAUCAGAAGAAAGGACAGGCAAUUACUGACGUUGGGGACGGGCACCCACGCCAUCGAUACGCGAUUCAUCGUGGUCUCGAACAGCCCAGACUGGACGUUGCUGAUCAAGAACGUCAAGCGCGACGAUGCCGGUCUCUACGAGUGCCAGAUUCAAACGGAGCCAGUCCAACGGCGAUUCAUUCGAUUAAAAGUGACAGAGGCGUACUCCAUGAUCCCGGGUGGCCCCGACCUGCACGUGAAGCAAGGGUCCAGCCUUCGCCUCGAGUGUCAAUUAAUCGCAUCGACCGAGGCGCCCAGCUUCAUCUUCUGGUAUCGGGAGGGGCGCAUGAUCAACUACGACGACGAGCGAGGCGUGAGGGUCGAGGCGACGAAAAACGGGUCGAUCCUGGUCGUGGACAAAGUGAAACUUUCCCACGGUGCUAAUUACACUUGUUCACCGAGCAACGCCAAGUCUGCGUACAUCAUGAUACACGUGAUCGAAGAGGAGGAAAAACCGGCGGCCAUGCACGGCGGUGAUCGGCGAAACGCUACCACGAGAGCGUCCAUCAACGUCAUGUUGAUUUUUCUCACAUUUCUCGCCGGUAUACGCGCCUCGAAUCGACUUUGCCCGCGACAAACCUGCGCCACGUGACCAGCCUAUACCCUCAACUUUCGUCCCUGAAUUGAUACAGGCCACGGAAUAAAUAAUCUCUUGUCUCCCUCUAAUCUCCUUUAUCUUCUCUUCGAGUAUUUUUUCUUCACGAAUCGACGCUUUCAUUCGUUUUUUACGGAGUAAAUCACAAUUGGAACAUCCAAAAUAUCCUUGACUUGGUAUUUUUUUAAUUCUAAUCUAAUUUGGGAAUACAUUCGAGGAGAAGAAAAUCAGAAGAGGGGUUGAAGAAUUAAAAUUGCACGGUAAUUUUUUAUCAACUCCUGUGCAAAUAUAUUUUUGAGAAUGGAAUUCUCGAAAAAUUGUUCUUCGUUGAUCGAUCUUUUCAGAGAAUGAAACUAAUGUCGAUCAAAGCGUCCAUUCGCGAAUAAAAUAUAUUUCUCGAGAGAGGAGAGAGAGAGAAAGAGAGAGAGAGAGAAAAAGAAUAUAUAUAUAUAUAUAAUUCGACGAUUUAAUUUAAAGGCUUCCUCCCCAUAAAGCCUGAUAAAUUAUCGAAUUCGAAAAUAAGAAUAGCACGCGAGAUGUCUAUUUUUCACUUUUCACAUUCGAAUUGAAUUCGGGAAGAAGCGUGUAUCUUCGUGAUCUUGAAAAUAAUUUCUAUAAGUUCGCCGAUAUAUAAAUACAUUUAGAUCGAGAAUAGGAGAUUGAUUAAAAAGAUACUUAGGAAAAAAAGUUCGUUCCAUUAAAUGUUGAAAAUAAGAAACGUUAAGACACAAGACAGAUUCGCGUAAGCGAACGAUAAAGCUCAAGCAAUAUUAUAAUAAAUCGAGUAUUAUAAAUUCGUCUUUCAACCGAGUAUCUUCCCACCCAUUUUUGUUAUUUUAAGUUACAUAGAAAGUAUCCAGGAUUCUAAUCAUUACGAAUUAUUUAUAAGAAAAUUAUACUAUUCUUUUCUUAAAAAACCAAAGACCGAUCCUUUCUUUCUUUCUUUUUCAAUACAAAUAUCUUACAAAUGAUUCGUAAUUAUAAAAUGCGACUACCCUAUACAAGAAAAAAAAAAAAAAAAAAAGAAACUCAUGCACUUAUCGGUUUGUACUCUUUUCCUAAAACGAGUGUAUACGAAUGAAGAGCCAAGAGGAAGGGAAGAAAGAAAAGGUGUGCAACACAUCCGUCUGCACUUUUCAAACAGGAAGAACCGUUCGAUUAAACGGUCGAUCGCUCCAAAACGCGUCAUAAAUUUCUCUAAUGAAGAGGGGAGGGGAAAGAAGAAGGAAAAGCGAUAUAUAUAAAUAUAAAUAUAUAUAUAUGAAUCCAUACGAGUGGAUUCGAGUUCAAUAUUCUCUUUCGUUUUCGCCCAUAAGUUUAAAUUUUUCUCUCUUUCUCUCUCUCUUGCAUAUAAAUAAACGACAGGCGUCGAAACACGUGCGAAGAUUUCGCGUCCAUUCACGCAACGCGCGCAACAAUCGAUAUUGACACGCGUCGAAUGAAGAAUGAAGAAGGAAAAGGCUCUUUUUUCUCCAAUAUAAUUUUAAAGGUAAAAGUGUUUACGUGUGUUUAAACAACCGAUUUAAACGAGGAACAAAAGCGAGCUCGAUUUCUUAACCAAAGAUCGAAUUUUUUUUUUUAGGGAAAAAGGAAACUUGAAUGAAAUAAAAAAUGUUUCCAGAAUUUUUUUUAGAGAGAGAGAGAAAAGGACACAACUAAAAUUUAAUUUCAAUUUUAACGAAGGCAAAUAUCGGUUCGGUUAAUAAUUGAGAAGUGAUUAUAGAAAGGCGUGUUUGUACGAUCAAAUUAAAAUUUUCAUUAUCAAAAUAUUAUUUUUGGGGGAAAAUAAAUCAAAAUUUAUUAUUUUCAAUUAUUUCCACUCAAAUAAUUUAUUAUUGCGACGCAUAUUUAUAUAUAUAUAUAUCCAGUUUUCAAUUAGACGAGAUAGAGGAGAUUAAACGAGCCACGUCGUAUCGUAAAUUAUACGAAUACGCGCCAAUACGCGAUCGCCAAUUUUUCUCUUCUUUUUUUUUUUUUUUUUUUUUAUUAACAAACACGAAAAAUCCAAACGAAAUGCCUUUUACCUUUCGCGAACACGAUUACACAGCAGCCUGAAAAACACGUGAACAGUUUAGUCAACAUUUCCUCUCCCGGUAUAAAAUCACAAUGCGAAAGUAUGAUUGAAAAUUGUUAAACUGGUAAAAAAAAAAAAAAAA